GUUCCUCACGCUGUGGACAAGGUUCCCCGCGCUGAGGAUGAGGAUCCCCACGCUGAUCAUGAGGACAGGAUUCCUCACGCGGAGGACAAUGUUCCUCACGCUAAGAACAAGGUUACACACGCUGAAGACAAGGUUCCUCACGGCGAGGACGAGGUUCCUCACGCUGAGGACCAGGUUGUCCACCAUGAGGACAAGGUUCCUCUCGCUGAGGACAAGGUUCUCUACGCUGAGAACAAGGUUCCUCCCGCAGAGGACAAGGUUCGUCACGCUGACGACAUGGUACCUCACGCUGAGAACAAGGUUUCUCGCGCUGGGUACAAGGUUUCUCACGCUGAGUGCAAGGUUUCUCUCGCUGGAGACAAGGUUUCUCACGCUGAGGACAAAGUCGCUCAAACUGAGGACAAGGUUCCGUAAGCUCAGAACAAUAUUUCUCACGCUUAGAACAAGGUUCCUCACGCUAAAGACAAGGUACUUCACGGUGAGGACAAGAUUCCCCAUGCUGAGGACAACGUUGCUCACGCUGAGGACAAGGUUCCUGACGCUGAGAACAAGGUUCUUCGCGCUGGUCCAAGGUUCCUCACGCUGAAGAAAAGGUUCCUCACGCUGAGGAAAUGUUCCUCGCGCUGAGUAUAAGGUUUUUCACGCUUAGGACAAGGUUCCUCACGCUGUGGACAAGGUUCCCUGCUCUGAGGACAGGGUUCCUCACGCUGAGGACAAGGUUUUUCACGCUGAUGACAAGGUUUCUAACGCUGUAGACAAGGUUCACUGCGCUGAGGAUGAGGUUCCCUACGCUGAGGACAGGGUUGCUCACGCUGAGGACAAGAUUCCUCGCGCUGAGGACAAGGUUUCUCGCGCUGAGGACAAGGUUCCUAAUGCUGAGGUCAAGGUUCUCUACGCUGAGGACAAGGUUCCUCAAGCUGAGGAGAAGGUUCCUCACGCUGAGGACAAAAUUCCUCGCGCUGAAGACAAGGUUCCUCACGCUGAGGACAAGGUUCCUCCCGCUGAGGACAUGGCUCCUCUCGCUGAGAACAAGUUUCUCUACGCUGAGGACAAGGUUUCUCACGCCGAGGACAAGGUUCCUCACGCUAAGGACAAAGUUUCGCACGCUGAGGACAAGGUUCCUCGCGCUGGGGACAAGGUUUCUCACGCUGAGGGCAAGGUUCCUCUCGCUGGAUACAAGGUUCCUCACGCUGAGGACAAAAUACCUCACGCUGAGGACAAGGAUUCCCCAUGAUGAGGACCAGUUUCCUCACGCUGAGAACAAGGUUCCUCACGCUGAAAACAAGGUUCCUCACGGUAAGGACAAGGUUCCUCACGUCGAGGACAAGGUUGCCCACGCUGAAUGCAAUGCUCCUCGCUCUGGGGACAAGGUACCUCACGCUGAGGACAAGGUUCCUCACGCUGAGGACAAAUUUCCUCAUGCUGAGGACAAAGUUCCUUGUCUGUGGUUCAAGUAUUUUGUCACUUAAUUACAGAAGAUAGAGAAAAAACGUUUAGGAACAUAAGUUGCUCUUGGCUUACGACAGUGAGAAGGUUGUCUAGUGGUAAAGACUACACGCUGUGUAAUGUACCAUUUGCAUUAUGGUUCAAGUCCUACAAAAAUCAUUUUGUGACUUAAAAUGUGUAAUUACACAAGCCAGGGAAAAAGGUUAAGGUGAAUAAGUUGCGCUAGGUUUUCAACAAGGAGUGGUUUAGUGAUAAUGAAUACAAGCUGUGUAAUAUACCAUUUUGGGUCAAGUCGUACAAAAAUCAUUUUGUGACUUGAAAUGUGUCGAAUAUUAAUUGAAACAAGAUAAAGUUGAACAAGUUGCGCUAGGCGUUCAACUACGAGCAUGUGGUGUAGUGGUAAAGAAUUCAUGCUGUGUGAUGUACAUUGUCGUUCAAGUUCUACAAAAAUGAUUUUGUGACUUUAAAUUUCUGGAAUAUUAAUUAGGCAAGCUAGAGAAAAAAGGCUAAGGUAAAUAAGUUGCUUCCAACAACGAGCAAGUGGUCUAGUGGUAAAGACAACACGCUUUGUAAUAUACCAUUGCGGUUCAAGUUCUACAAAAACCAUUUUCUGACUUGAAAUGUUUCGAAUAUUAUUAAAUUAUACUAGCUGGAGAAAAAAGGUUAAGCUGAAUAAGUUGCUGUAGGUUUUCGACAUCCAGUUGCUGUAGAUUUUCAACAUCCAACGUCUAGUGGUAAAGACUACACGCAGUUGAAUGUACCAUUGUGGUUCAAUUCCCACAAAAAACAUUUUGUGACUUGAAAUGUUUUGAAUGUUAAUUACACUAGCUAGAAAAAAAAGGUUCAGGUGAAUAAGUUGCGGUAGAUUUCCGACAACGAGCAAGUGGUCUAGUGGAAUAGGCUAUACGCUGUGUCGUGCACCAUUGUGGUUCAAGUCAUACAAUUAAAAACCAUUUUGUGACUUGAAAUGUUACGAAUAUUAAUUACACUAGCUAAAGAAAAAAGGUUAAGGUGAAUAAGUUGAGGUAGGCUUUCAACAACGAGAAAGUGGUCUUGUGGUAGCGAUAUCGGACUGUAAAAGCCAAUGUCGUGUACCAGGAUCGGUCCGAGGACGAAUGAAAGAAUAAUAAAGAAAAAGUAUGGCGGACGAAAGAAGAAGACAAAAUAAAAUAACGGUGAGGCAAAUGUUUGGAGAAGAUACUACCAUUGAAAUUAAUCUUUAGUAGUUACUAUGGUGUGGCGCAUGCGCGGUAGACUUAUGACAAGCGUGCGGUUGGAAGGUGGCGAAGGAGAAGAAGGGCGAGGGACCCGGGAGAAGAAAAAAAAAUUUACUAAGUCUUUUUCUAAAGUAAAAUUUACUAAUGUAUUUUUUAUCCAUAGCCUUUUUGUAUGUGAAAUUUAUUGCUCUGCAAUUAACGAUUCUGAGGAGAGAUAUUGCACUCGAUUUCGGAGAGUAUAUCUGAUAAGCUGUAGCUAGCCUUCUACUUCUUUUACCCUAUGUCGUUUAGCCUGCUCACAGGCUCUAUUAUAUAGAGCCUGCGACUUUUGUUGAUAUUUUUUCAAUACGCCCCCUUUGAGAUAAUUGAAUAUCCGGUAAAUAGUAGCCAAUCAAAGCAAGUUUUGUUAAUUAGAUUACCAGAGGUUAUUAACAACAACAAACAGUUUCUCGCGCAAUUUUACGCCUGUAUCUUUCACUAGGAUUCCAAAGUCUAAACUUUAAUCUAAAAUAAUUCAUGGUCGUUUUUUCCCUAAAGUGUUCUAAUAUUUAAAACAUAGCCCCGUUUGUAUAUUGCUGUCUUGUUCGUACAUUGCCGUUUUAAAUUAUGUCAUUAUACUACAGAGACGUAAAAUUUUACUCUCUAUUUAUAUCCAAAAUAUAACUUUAAGAUUUAAGGAAAUGUAUUUAGGUUUUGAACAAAGUAACAAACACUAUUUAUUAAAAGUGUCGAACAAUAGCAGGCUAAAAAACAACAAUCAUUAUUGCGUGAAGUCUGUCAUUUGCUCAACUGAUAAUACAAUUAACUCAAUAGACAAUAGACAAUUUGAAAACCCGUGGCCGUGGCAUCGAUUCUGCCGUGUUUAAUAACUACAUUUUUUUGGAAAAAGCUCUUGUUAUAAUAAUAUGUGUCACUAGUUGAGACUCCCAAAAAUAAAGUCUCGAAGAGAGAGCGGACUUCGGUCAAAAACACGCAAACGACUAUUGCAAAAUUUCCAGGUGUAAAUUCAAAUUGGCCAGGUGUUCUAAGAACGACUUUCCUCGACGGCGUCUGUUUUAAUAAUUUGCCCAUUGUCUUGACUUAUUCAAGACCAGAUUGUUUAGGCAGAAAGCCUUGGGGUUGACAGGGAAGUAUUUGGGAGAAAUGUUCGGAGGCAUUUGACAAUCAACUGCUUUAUACUAGCUGAUUCACUGCCUGUGUCGACUCAACGAACGUCUCGCUGGGCUAACCUUAAGUUGUUCACUUCAACGUUUGAAACCGCAAGUGAUGCAAACGCAGUUAGAUAAAUUGUCAGCCUGAACUAGCCUUAUUUUACUCUCUCUGCAAAGAUCAGCAAGGCAUACAUCGAAGUUUUCCCUUGUACUUCUUUGGAAAAGGUUUAUUAUUAUAGCAGACGAAGACAAAGUAUCGGUAUAUUACAUGUAAACUUUUAUCAAAUCCCGUUGGAAGUACAGUUAAUAUUGCUAACCUUCGCUCAUCCUUCAACGUUAAUUUAAAUUGAAAGGUUUCUCAAAUACAUUCAGUUACUUCUUCGAAGAGAUAGAUGAAGUCAUGGUUUUAUACGCCACUGAUUGAAUGCCAGCUUUAAAAUUACAUUGCGAAAUGUCGUACGAGUUAAAUAUUUGCACGAUAUUAACUCAUGGGGCACUUCUGACCAAUGGGAAUUUUGCGUACGCUCCGUACGCAUAAAUCGACUUUUUACUAAUAAAGGUCGCAGGCCGUUCCUCGUGCAGCCUCUGCCUGACAACGGCCUGCGAGCAGGCUAUAUGUCGUUCAGUGUCAGUAUUGACGACCGUUAAGUACGACAAAAACGUAAAGCAAUCGCAAAAAUGAGCUUGAGUCAGAUAUUGAUCUGCUCAGAGUUAAACAGAAAGAAUCGGAAGCCGCUAUAAGACGCCAAGAGGAUGUGAUUUGUACUCUUAACGAGGAGAAUCAAUUCCUUAAAGCAAGGCUGUUGGCUCUUGAAGAGUCGUUUCUCAAGAUAACUUAUAAUGUCAAUAAAGACAAAGAACCUGGCUCAUCAGUUUACAAAGCUAAAAGUAUUGACAAAGCGGCCGCUUUUCAUGCCAGUGAACAAUCUAACAAAAGUAACCUCAGCUCAAUUAACACUGAAUUACUUAAUACCUCUCAUGACAAUAGUCUUGCUCGGCAUAAUAACGACGGACAAUGCAAUGCCGAUGAUUUGAAUAAUAAUCAAAUCGACCUUGCAAAUGAUGAUGCUGUGUUUUCCUCAAAACAGCAGAAUGAAAAUAAUACACACAAAGGCAUAAAUUCGAACUUGCAAUCCGAAUCGCAGCAGUCAACCAACAUAGAAGGGAAUAAACUUAGACAUGAUCUGUCCCCAAAAACCUCUCAUGACAAUAGCCUUAUUCGACAUAAUGACAACAGCCAAUGCAAUGCCGACGAUUUGAAGAAUAAUCACAUUGACCUUACAAAUGAUGAUGCCGUGCUUUUCCCAAAACAGCAGAAUAAAAAUAAUAAACACAAAGGCUUAAAUUCGGACUUGAAAUCGGUAUCGCAGCAGUCAAUUAACAGCGAAAGGGAAAAACCCAAAUACAAUCCGUCUCUAAAAACCUCUGUCCCGUGCCCUUUUCUCAUACGCCGUGGUAGAUGUUUUAAAGGCGACCGAUGCGACUUUAAACACCCAAAACCAUCUGAAACACGGAAGUGCAAUAUACCAUGUCCUUUUCUGCAUAAAAGAGAGUACUGUCUGAAGAAAGAGAUGUGUGAUUUUUCCCACGACAAAUUGAUACGUAACUCAUCCCCCAUGCCCUAUCCAGGCAAUUAUGCUUCUCCUGAUUUUUUAUCACACCAAUUCACCAACCCAUUUCCGCCGUACCAGAAUUAUUAUUACCGAGAACCUUGGAGAAAUCUCCGCCCAUUGAAUCCUUUAAUGGAAAUUCCAACCCCUAUAUGGUCACAAUAUCCAAAUCCCUAUUCUCCAGCCAUACAGCCCCCAAUGAGUUACCCAAAUCAGUACCCUUCACCCCUGAUGACGAAUUACACAAGACCGCCCAGGCGUUGA